AUGCACGAGAUUGUCUCGUUGCAGUUUGGCCAGCGGGCCAACUAUCUGGCCACUCAUUUCUGGAACCUGCAGGAAUCAUAUUUUACGUACAACGAAGAAGAGCCACCCGUGGACCAUGAUGUCCAUUUUCGGCCGGGCGUUGGUGCUGAUAGCUCCGAGACGUACACUCCACGCACAGUGAUCUAUGAUCUGAAGGGUGGUUUUGGCACUCUUCGCAAGUAUAAUGCGCUUUACGAACUGACCGAAGACUCGACGGCCGCUCCGAGCUUAUGGGAUGGACAAGAGGUAGUUCACAAACAGCCUCGGAUCCCGCAGAGUGACUACCAAAAGAGUUUAGACGCAGGGACACCAGCACCGCGGCUGACUUCGGAGACGGUGCGCUACUGGUCAGACUACAACCGAGUGUUCUAUCAUCCCAAAUCAAUCGUGCAGAUGAACGAGUAUGAAUUGAAUUCCCAGAUCAUGCCGUUUGAGGACUGGGAGGCUGGCGAAGAACUUUUCAACGAGCUCGACAAGGAACACGACUUGCUAGACCGCGAUCUCCGGCCCUUUGUUGAGGAGUGCGACCAGCUGCGAGUUCUACAAUUAUUCCUCGGGUCAGAUGACGCUUGGGGUGGAUUUGCGGCUCGAUAUGUGGACAGAUUGAGAGACGAGUAUGGGAAAACGAGCCUUUGGUCUUGGGCAAUUGAGGACGGCACCAGGGUUCAGCGGCAUCGUCAGAUCAAAAAGGACGUCAACAAGGCCAGGUCGCUCUACUCCAUAUCGCCCCAGUGUAACCUUUACGUCCCUAUCAUGGACCUACCAUCCAAGCUUCCGGGAUAUCUUCAUGUUGAUCGUCACUCAGAGUGGCAGACGUCAGCGUUGAUCAGUUCGGCUCUUGAGACAGUGACCCUGCCCUCGAGGCUACGGCCCUACCAGCAUUUCGAGGCCUCGCUUGCCGGGGAUGACGCAACCCACAAUAUUUUUGAACUGCAGUCGACUAUUGUUCAAGAUGCCGGCGACCACCGACCACUCAACGAGGAUGGAUCAUCCGAAGUCGAAACACAGUUUGAUAUCGACUUUACGUAUGGUGGCGAGGACAGCAAGACACCCCACAUCUUCAAUCAGAUUCAAGUGACCCGUGGGAGGGAGCCUAGUAGUCAGACUGCCUCGAUAGAUGCACCGGCAUCAGGGGACGUUGGCCAUCUGCGCAAACUCCGACUGUACCAUUCAAAACCGAUGCUUCACAGUUAUCGGACGCCACUUCAUUUCCCGCGACUCGAUAGUUUCCCCCAUGACAUGUUCCCUACACCGAAGACCGGUUCUGGCGUGGAGAUUUUUGCGGCGCUGACCACUUCGUCGCGAACCGCUGACAGAAUCAAGGCCAUUGAGGCGACCGCCGCACGGAUGGUGUCGGUGGAUGAGCGCGAGGCGCUGGUUAAUGGAUUGGGCGAGAUUCGAGAAACCUAUCAAACCGGGUGGAGUAGUGGCUCUGACGAGGAAGAUGACUAG